UUGUAGUUUAGCAUACAACCCCUAAAAUUCAUCGGUCUCGUGCAACCGUGUCGUCGGAGGAGCGAAAUCCGGCGCCCAUUCUAUACCAAAUUGGAUUGGAACGCAGCCUGCUGAAAUUCGAACCACCAUCCUCGCAGGCUCGCACUAAUCAUUGCCAUUCACCGGCCACUAAGCGAUAGGAAUUUGUUCGAUCGCGCCGCCGUCGUUUCAUUCUUCCAUUGAAGCGAGGAAGAAGAUAACAACGGUGCGACACGCUAGCCUGUUUUGUGUUUUCGUUACUUAGUUCUACUGUUACUCGUUGGAUUGUUUAUAGAUUUAUAAGUUUCUCAAGUUCUGUUCCAUUUUCUCUUUAGCGUCCUUCGAAAGUUCAAGCUAGCUAUAGUUUGGUUUGGGAAUAUGCUUAAUUUCUGUUCCAACUAUGUGUUUAAGAAGCUCUGCAGCUACUUAAGUGAUGGUUUUUUCCAUAAUCGCAUCUGUAGUUACUUGUUUUCAUGUUAUUGACAUUGUUUGAGGCAAAGUUCAAUUCUGUGUACCAUGAUGAGAAUUUGCAGCUAUGAGAGAAAUAAACUUCCACUAUGUAGAUUGUUGGCUAGGCUGUACAGUUCUGGUGAACAUGUUGAUACAAUCUCGGAUUCAACCAAGAGUAUAUGUAAAAUCAUGAUGACAUGCCAAACACUGGCGCUUGAAACUGCCCUUGACCAAAGUGGGAUUAGGAUUUCACCUGAGAUAGCUGAGGCUGUCCUAAAAAGAUUUGAGAAUGCUGGCAUGUUAGCUUAUAGGUUCUUUGAAUGGGCUUCCAAACAACGAAGCUAUGUCCAUAGUGUGAGGGCUUACCACUCUAUGAUUGAGUCUUUAGCUAAGAUAAGGCAGUACCAGAUGGUGUGGGAUUUGGUGAAUGUUAUGAGGAAUAAGGAGAUUCUAAAUGUUGAGACGUUCUGUAUUAUCAUGAGAAAGUAUGCUAGAGCCCAGAAAGUAGAGGAAACAGUUUAUACAUUUAAUAUCAUGGAAAAAUACAACAUGAAACCAAAUGUAGCCGCAUUUAAUGGAUUGCUGAGUGCUCUGUGCAAGUCCAAGAAUGUGAGGAAGGCUCAGGAAAUUUUUGACAGUAUGAAGGAUCAAUUUGUUCCUGACUCGAAAACUUACAGCAUACUCAUUGAAGGAUGGGGUAGGGCUCCAAAUCUUCCAAGGGCAAGGGAGAUUUUUAGAGAAAUGAUUGAUAGCGGGUGCAUUCCUGAUAUAGUGACAUAUAGCAUUAUGGUUGAUGUUCUUUGCAAAGCAGGACGAAUCGACGAAGCAGUUGGCGUUGUAAAAGAAAUGGAUUCUAAUAAUUGUGGACCGACAUCGUUUGUCUAUAGUGUUUUGGUACAUACGUAUGGUGUAGAAAAUCGGAUCGAGGAGGCAGUCUCUACGUUCUUGGAGAUGGAAAGAAAUGGAGUAAGGGCUGAUGUAGCAGCAUAUAAUGCUUUAAUCUCUGCGUUCUGUAAAGCAAACAGGAUUAAGAAUGUGUAUAGGGUGUUAAAGGACAUGGAAUUAAAGGGUGUUAGCCCCAAUUCAAGGACUUGCAACAUCAUUAUAAACAGCUUAAUAGGCAGUGGUGAGACAGAUGAGGCGUUUAGGAUGUUUCGUAGGAUGGUCAAAGUGUGCGAACCAGACGCAGAUUCGUAUACCAUGAUCAUAAAAAUGUUCUGUGAGAGGAAGGAGGUUGAUAUGGCUCUUAAAGUCUGGAAUUAUAUGAAGAAGAAGCAGUUUGUUCCGAGCAUGCACACGUUUUCUGUUCUUAUUAAUGGACUGUGUCAGAUAGGCAAUGCUACAAAAGCUAGUGUGUUGUUGGAAGAGAUGAUAGAGAAGGGAAUACGGCCUUCUGGUGUCACAUUUGGAAGGUUGAGACACUUAUUGAUCAAGGAAGGCAGAGAAGAUGUUCUAAAAUUUCUGCAGGACAAAAUGACUUUACUUGUCAAGGAGCCAAUGUGUGAUUGAGGAACUUGGCUGAAUGAUGCGCUGCUGUUCAAAAUUCCCAUCUUUGCUGGAUGGACUAUUAAAAGAGAGCUGAAAUGCAAAAGCAGAGAAAGAAAGAUGGUCAAAAUGAUUUGAGCUGCCACUUGCUACUGCUGAAUUUUAUGUACAACCAUUUCCAUUGGGGUAACAAGGGAAAUGUUUCUCAACCUCUUUGCUCAGAUUUUUUUUUUUUUUUUUUUCAUCAGAUAGCACUAAGUGGAGUUAUUGAGUCUUUGGUUGUUUUGUCUAGGGAGUUAAUUAGUUCGUAGAGUUAAAUAAUUUAUGAUUGAUGCAUAGAGUUGCUACAAUUUCAUUGAUGAUUAAAAUUUACAAAAGGGAUGUAUAAUCCAUGGUGCUUACAAAAGACCUUUCGAAUUUGUAAUGAGGGAGGUAUAGCUAUAGGAAGUAAAAAUAUUAGACAAUUUACACCGAAAUAUAGCUUGGUAAACAACAUUGUCGAAAAGUUUUACAUAGGUCUGGAUUUAAGUGUUAAACUCUUGAUGGCUUGAAUUCGGAAUAUGUCCGAUAAAUGUUAGAUUCUAUCUAUUUUUUGGUUUAGAUUUGGAAUAGAAUUUUAAUAUGUACAUUGUGGAGUUAUUUUGAGAUAUGAAAUAGCAUGCAGUACUCCUAUAAUUUGAACUGUUAUUGCAAAUCUGUAAAGUUUUCAAGAUCAAUAUGAAGUGUUCUAGAUUCAAUAGCAGGCGAUAGGACCUCUAAUCAGGAGACAUGCCGUACAUUUUUUACUUAAUCAACGGAGAAAAUGUUUGAAGGCAGUAAUUGUUAAUAUUAUGAUAGUUAUGAAUGUAGUAACUGUUCCCACAGCCGGCUCUCUCCUAAAA